GGGCUGCGAGCUGAGACCAGACCACAUCCGGCCUGCAGCCAGGAGAAAAACAAUCCACAUGCCAGCCCCAUAGUGACACCCUGGCCUCCUCCGCCCCACAGCGCCCCCUGCUGAGCCCCCUGCCCUGCCCCAUGGCACCCCUGCCCCACAGCGUCCCCUGCUGAGAGCCCGCUCCCUGCGGCAGGACACUCCCCAGUGCCCCAUGAUGAGCUCCCUGCCCCACGGCAACCCCUGCAGCGCCCCCUAGAGGCCCAGUCCACACAGGAUGCUCGGGACGUCCCUGGGGCUGCCCCAGUGAGCCAUGGCCCCAUGGCGGUGAAGGGGGCGGUGAAGGAGGGGAAGGAAAUGAGUGAACAAUACGUGACCCACCCCCACGCGGCACCCAGAGAAGUGAUGGCGCCGGACCCUGAACUGCGACCGCUGCUUGUAGCUCUGCUCACGUUAAACCUUCUGCGAGGGCUGGCCCCCUCCCAGGCCUUCAGCAUCGAGACCCACAACGCCACUGUCUUCGAGGGUGACGCCGACGUGCAGUUCGGGUACCGGGUAGUCCAGAUGCGCUCGAACGACAGCUCCUGGCUGGUGGUCAGUGCCCCCCUGGCGGGGAACGGGACGGGGGCCCUGUAUCGCUGCUCCUAUCAUGCGGAGACCUGUCAGCCCAUCCCCCUGCCCGACACCCCCCUGGUCUCCCUGGGGCUGGCGCUCGCCUCCGAUGAGAUCUCCGGGUCCCGAGUCAUCGCCUGUGGUCCCCGGCUCCAGCAGCGCUGUGAGGAGAACGUGUAUCUGCAGGGGCUGUGCUAUGUGUGGGGGGGGCUGGGAGAGCCCCCCCAGGGUCCUGCGCCCGGCCGGCCAAGAGUGCAUUUCGGGGGUGGACGUGGCUAUUUUAUACGACGACUCGCUGAGCAUCCAGCCCAACGACUUCACGCUCAUGAAGCAAUUUAUCGGGAAGCUGCUGCGCGCCCUGGCAGGGCCCCGCGUCCAGAUUGCCGUGGUCCAGUUCUCCUCCCACAUCAACCACGUUUUCACCUUUGCCGACUACGUCGCGAAGGGCCUGGAGGCCGUGGAGCAGGACCUGAUGGCCUUCCCCCAUCUGAAGGGGAACACUCACACGCCCUCAGCCAUCCUCUUCACGGUAAAACAAACCUUCGCCCCUGAGCAUGGCGCCCGGUCCCACGCCAAGAAGCUGCUGAUCGUCCUGACUGAUGGGCAGUCCACCGACACCGUAAACUUCUUCCCCCAGGCCAUCCAGGCGGCCAACAACAUGGGGCUGGUCCGCUACGCCAU